UUCGUGUGCCAAUCCCAGGCUUUUUCAAACACCUUUUGGAAGUCGCACCACAACCAAUCCCCUCUCCUCAGAAAAGUUCACCACAUCCCUUUCUUCACCGCCCUCACGCAUCGACCAACGUGGAACUCACAAACAGCAAACAGCAGAGGAUAGGAAACUCACCUGCGAAACAAGAAAAACAACAGCUGAAAAGAUGAAUCCGCAACCUAUGGACAUUGACGUUCAGAGCAAGCUCACGUUGUCUCUGGACGAAAUCAUCCAAAAACAACGCGAAAAGGAAGGUCACAACAACAUCAACACCAACAACAACAAGUUCAGCAACGCAGCUCGCUUCAACCUCUACAAGCACAAGUCUCUCGGGUUCCAUGACAAGAACGGCAAUCUGGCUGACACUCGCGGCCGCGCGCUUGAUGGUGGGAACACCCUCACCCCCCUCUUCACAUCCGGCCUGCACAACCGCCACAAUCGCCACGCCCGUAACCAGCCCUACAGCACAACCCAUCACCCGUACAAGCAGUCCACCGCCCUGAACCGCAACAGAUACCCCGGCGGACGGUACCACGGCGGCGGUGGAUACGCGCUCCCGGACGGGCUGGCGAUGCGGAUCUCGAUCGUCAACGAUCGGUGGAGGGACGGGUGUGAUGAUGCCGGAACCCAGACGUACGACCGAGCCUACAUCAAUCCCGCUAACGCACACGCCAGGCCCGCCAACUAUGCGAACAACUCCAGCAAUACCUACGCGACCACGAACGACAACAGCGACCGCCGCGCCGCACCCCUCUCGUCCCGCUUCGCCCGCUUCCAGGCCGCGCGGGCGGCGCAGAGCGCCGCUGCUGUGCGGGGCGGGGGAUCUGCCGCGUUUUGAGUGGUGGGGGGUGGGAUGGGAUGGAGUGUGUACUGUGGGGUAUGAACGAGGGGAGCGAAACACAACAUUACGCGGGGGCUAUGAAAGCGGAAC